CAUCCAAUCUUCCUUAAAUCCAUCCAGUCAGCCAACAACAUCCACCACCAACUCAUUUACUUACUUACUUGACUUUUAGUUUACACGUUUUAUCCAAUACAAACCUUAUCCAUACAAACCACGCUUAUCAACCGAUAACCACGGUCCCCUUUGCUUACCCACUCCAAAGCCCUCUUCUCUCAGAAAAUUCCAAAAAUUACCAAACAAAAAUUACGACAUUAAUAGUAAUCAACGAACGCUGCUGAUGUGGUUCUAUUGUAGUUGUUGUCAUGUUCUCCAGGAGAUAAGUACGAGAGAUAGGAGGGAGAGAGUAAUUUUAAAACAGAACGCACGAGUGGAAAUUGGAUAAGGACAGAUUGAGCCAGAUAAGCUGGGCUCAGUGCUGUGGAAAAUUAGGAGAUAAGCACAGUUUCGAUAAAUUUAAGCACCACAAGUGACCUAGAGACGAGUCAGGAGUCAUCCGACUGAUUGACGACCCAUCAAAACUGACAUUAUUAACGACGGCAAUAAAUUCGUUCACUUUUUCCUUCGCCAUUUCGUCACAACUACUUUUACUUUGGGGGCAGGACUGAUUAAUAAAUUGACUUUCACCUCGACAGCAGGAAAGUGCGAGACCGGUUUCUCCGUGUGUGCUUUUUGACCCAACCAACGCCAACUUUAUGACCGGCCAGUACGUGAUGUGGUCAUAAAACAAGCACGAUGAGGGUGUGACAUAAUGUGCAAUGUGUACACUUAAUGACCACAUUUCCCCAUCCGGUCAUCAUUGCGAAUCCAAACUUUGGUCAGAUCACUGCUCCACUACGAAAAAAACUUGCAGCCUCCUGUCAAUCAAAUCCGACACGAGGACAUUUAUCGUCAACUUAUAAGACGCAAAAUUGUGCUGCAUCAAGUGUGAAAACUGAUUAUUUGACCACGUCUGGGAAAGAUAAGUGAAAAAACUACUACAAACAUCAGUCAAGAUAGAGGAUUUAAUGUCAUACUUUUAAAAAGUUUUGUUUUGGGGUCGUCAAUCUCUCGUCAAUUUGCAACGAGUUAUACGAGCAACACGCCAUAAAGUGCCAUUAUUAUCAACAUAGGUUUAGGAAUUUCUACACAAACUACAUCUAAAUAAACAUAGAUAAAUAAAUACAAACUAUUAAUACGCUAAAUAUUUAUUGUGAGGAAAAGUACUUGAGGGAUAAAAGAGUAAGUGUGUUCGUGACUGCGUGUUGUUGGUGGUGGACGAAGGGGGAGGAGGUUCGUUGGGGUGGAGGAGCGGAGAGAGUAAAUGCAUCCGGUGAGUGUGGGAGGGAUGAUGCCUACAUCCUACGGGAUAGUGGACCCCGGUCAAGGGGGGGCUCCGGGUACGCCAGACCAGGAUGUCAGGAAGCAGGACAUUGGAGAAAUCCUUCAACAAAUCAUGAACAUCACCGACCAGUCUCUCGACGAGGCUCAGGCUAGGAAACACACGUUAAACUGCCACAGAAUGAAGCCUGCACUUUUCAACGUGCUUGCAGAGAUAAAACAGAAAACAGUACUGAGUCUAAGAAACGUCGAUGACGACCAACCUCCAGAUCCUCAACUCAUGCGGCUAGACAACAUGUUGAUAGCGGAGGGAGUUGCGGGACCAGAUAAAGGGGGCGGGGCUGCAGCCGCACAAAACGCUUCAGCCGCCGCUGCAACGCAAGAAAAUGCCAUCGAACAUUCGGACUACCGUGCAAAGCUGGCACAAAUUAGGCAGAUCUAUUCUCAAGAGCUGGAAAAAUACGAACAGGCCUGUUCCGAGUUCACGACCCAUGUAAUGAAUCUUCUGCGGGAGCAGAGUAGAACGCGCCCCAUAACGCCAAAGGAAAUUGAGCGCAUGGUGCAAAUCAUCCAUCGCAAGUUCUCCUCGAUCCAGAUGCAGUUGAAACAAUCUACCUGUGAGGCUGUCAUGAUACUCAGAUCCAGGUUCCUUGACGCAAGGAGAAAGCGGCGAAAUUUUAGCAAACAGGCGUCGGAAAUAUUAAACGAAUACUUUUACUCCCACCUAAGCAAUCCCUACCCCUCCGAAGAAGCAAAGGAAGAUCUAGCGAGGAAGUGCUCCAUCACGGAAAAAAAAUUUUCAGUUUCUCAAGUUUCAAACUGGUUCGGCAACAAGAGGAUACGAUACAAAAAGAACAUUGGGAAGGCGCAAGAAGAGGCCAAUUUGUACGCGAGUAAGAAGGCAAUGAAAGGUAAUGAAGGAUCUCCGUACAAUAUGGCAGGGACGCCUGGACCUCUCAUGUCGCCCGGACCUAACCAGGACUCGAUGGGUUACAACAUGACGAUCAACGGCUCAGACUACAACUCACCUCAGGGAGGCUACGGAGACGGUUCCAUGGGCUACGAUAGCAGUAUGCAUCCGGGUGGGCCAUUGAUGGGGCUUAAGUCACCAGGAGCCUCAACGUCCUCUGAGAAACCCAACUCCUCCUCCUCCCACUGGCAAGUGCCGCCUCGGGAACAGAUUCCUGAUUUCCCCCCACUCCAGCUCAACCCUCCCAGGAUCAUGGAGGACACGGCCGCGGAAGAGGCCGAGGAAGACUUGGAUGACGACGACGACCUUCUCAGCGACGACCAUGAUGACGAAGAUGACGAGGAUGAUGAGGUUGCUUGCUCACAAACCAGUACUGCUGUUCUCAACGGUGGGGGCGGAACGACGACGACCUCGCCAUCCUCCUCCUCUGCCAUCAAACGACGCAAACUAUGAGAGUCCUUUCCUAUUUCUGUUAAUUCUCGGACGAUGAGUUCUCGGACGAAUGUUGAAACUAGCCAAGACAUUUUAGCCUCAAGAAAAAAGUUCCCUACUACUACACACGACGACACUAAACGUAACUGCUGCUGCUGCUGUUGAUGUUCAUUCAUCGCCGAUGUCGAUCCGCCGGAAAAUGAAAACAAAAGCUCAACCCUCGUAUUGACUAUAUGUAUGGUUAUAUAUGUAAUCUACGUGUAAUUUACUCUACAAAUAGGCAAAAAGAGACAUUGUGUUUAAUAUUUAAUAUUAAGAAUUAUUUUACUAUCAUUACAAAAACUGUCUCUAUUGAAAUUGUUUGUAUAUUUAAUACGUAUGUAUAUCUGCUACUGCAGUUAAGAGUUCGGUUAUCUACAUAGUUUUAAGUCCUCAACACAUACACACACAAUGUUGCUACUUGUUGUUCUUAUGUUUUUUAAAAAUAAUCUACUAGCGUCUACUAAAAUUAACUGCGUAAACUACUAUGAUACACAGUGCUGCUAUCCUGCUGCUACACCGUAGAUAAGUAAGUAGGAUGAAGAUGUAGAGUAUCCACACGAUUACACGCAAGCAGAGUACGUAUGUACAGUGAAGCCACUCUAUUAGAUAAUUAGAAAUCGUCACCGUAAUUUUUCGUUCCACAUUCAAUAAGCGUAACCACGACCUUUGCAAUGAUUCAUUUACUUAUUAACCCCACUGCUUGUUUCCUUUCUGGAGAAAUUAUUACAAAAAAAUCCACCAGAAAAUUUUUACGAUUUCUACAAAUUUUAAAUUUGAGAAUUAAAACUCCUCUUCUGUUUCGCAUUUGUCAAGUUUUUUGUUUGAUCACAAAAGCAACCAAUGAAAACACAAUGUGAGCAGAAGUAUACUAUUACACUAAAAAACGGAAUCGAACAUAUUGAUAAUCUUCGUCACUUUCCCACAACAGACAAAAUUACAAAUAAUAUAAUUCUAAUAGCGGGUAGAUCUACUACUCCUGAAAAUUAGUGUAUGCAUAAGGCGACAACCGCUAGCUUUACGUAACCAUUACACUGUGGAUAUUAUAUAAGCGUAACAAACGUGCGUGGUUUUGGAACUCCAUGCAAUCAAUCACCUUCCAUUGAGAACGAAGUAUACGAUUCAAAACACAUCCAUUUCUAAUCUUAUCUUGCUCUACUGCAGAAAACUCUCUCCACGAUAACCACACCAAACUUGCUACACAACUAACAAACUACAAUUACAAACUAAUCUUAUAAACACUCACUCUAUUUAAUCCCUUACUCACUAUGCUACCUAAUAAGAGUAAUGCUACGUAAUUCUAACACUAAUUUAGGAAUAAUCACUGUUAAACAAAAAAGUUGAAAUUUUCAUAACGUUUUUAAAUUAUUGUACUGUUCAUCUUUAGUAAAAUCUGGUGUGGUUUUUGUAGAGGCCUCUCCGUCGUCGAUACCACGUCGACGCGGUGACGACUGCUAAAACAACCUCCACAACAGAUUAUAUUAUAAGUUGCCUAAAUAUUUACUACACGCAAUUUUUCUCUCAGUUCAUUUCUGGACCAAUUAAUUACUAAUUUUAUGUACUUGGUUAGGAAAUCAUGGCAUUAUCGGCGUAGUGAUACAUAAAUUGCAUUAUAGGCUUAUCUUUUUAAAUGAUAUCAUUUUUAUAUUUUAUUUUUAAUUGGUGAAAUUUGUGAAAAAUCGGCGCUUUCUCUUUCACACAUAGUUAGUGCUUACUUUGAAAAUUCAAUUGUUGUUGCCAAACAAAAAAAGCCUUGCCUUGAACUCAUCCGUUAUUUAAAAUAUACACCUUUUUUUAGUCAACACAGCAGUUUAGUUAAUGGAGUCGUCGUCGACUUUUCCGUUCAACUCACUCAAUGUGUACAAAUUGUAGGAUUUAUUCAUGUCGUUGUUGUUGCUGUUCUGUUUCAAGCAAACUUUUUUUAUACAGGAAAGCAAAAAAUUACCUGAAUCGGUAUAACUUUUGUUGUCGAGCUCUCAAACUGUAGUUCAUUUUUCUAGCCCGAGAAGAGAUGGAUGUGCAGGGAUGGAAAAAAAAGAUUUAUCAUUUUUUACACGGCAAUAUUUUAAUUAUUAUGACAAAGAAUAAGCCAAGAAUAUGCAAGAUAUAUUCUUCUGUGUGUAGGCAGGUUUUUGUUACAUAUUGCAUAAUGUUAUUGGUCAUUUAACGAUAAAUACGUACGUACUUUGAUUGGUUGAUAUAUUUAUAUCGUUGUUAUCGUCUUUAUUGUGUGCAUGUAUGAAGUGAGAAUAAUAAUUAAUGAUGAAAUAGUAGGCGACGACGAUAUGUAUGGUACACGUAAGGCCACCAAUUUGUAUAUAUUACUAUGAAGCAUAAGUACACAAGUAGAAAUAUAGCGUAAAAGACGAGGUAUCUACAUAUAUUAAUCGUAAUUAGAUAAUUAAGUAAGAAUUAUUCACUACUAAUUUAGUACAGCUAUUUACAACAGGGAGCGUUUUUAUUUCGAAAUAUUUGCAUAUAGUUAAAUUACGUAUGUAAAGGAAUUAUUAUAAUUAAGUGAAAUGAACCUGAUUUAAUUAAAUAUUCGCCUGCAUUAAAUUAUGAAGAUGAUCAUUUUAAAUGUGAAUGACAAACGAUGAAGAGAAGAAUGAUCAUUUAUUAUGUAUAAGUUAUAUGGGCGAAGAGAUAAUAAGUGAGUAAAAUAAGUGAAAAGGCUCUUUUGUCCCGUUCGUCAAUAUUCAUGACUGAGUAUUCAUUAAUUAUUAAUUAUUCAAUAAAUUACACAUUUCAAGAUACA